UAACCUACUUUCAAUUGAAUUUUUUCCGAGAGCAAAGUUUAAAUUUCUUAUUUUCUGUCGAAAUGUCAUUUAUAUUUAGUAAAACUUUGUCAUACCGGUGUUUGAACAUACUGUCAAAAAAUAUAAAACAAUCGUACAGAAACAAUUUUUGCGCCAUGAGCUCGGAGGUCGACAAGGCCCAAAAAGCGGCCGAAGACAAACAUAAGCCGACAAUUUUCGACAAAAUCAUUUCUAAGGAAAUUCCGGCCGAUAUAAUAUUUGAAAACGAUAAAUGUCUGGCCUUCAAUGACAUCAAUCCUCAGGCUCCAGUCCACUUUCUUGUUAUUCCGAAGAAACAAAUUCCAAUGUUGGAUGACGCUACAAGUUCGGACGUUGAGAUACUGGGUGAGUUACUGAUUACGGCAAAAACUCUGGGUAAGGAAAGAUGUCCUGAAGGUUAUCGGUUGGUUAUCAAUAAUGGAAGAGAAGGUUGCCAGUCGGUUUACCAUCUUCAUAUCCACAUUUUAGGUGGACGCCAGUUGAAAUGGCCUCCAGGCUAAUUACUUAUAUAAUCAUUGUGAUAAAUUUUGUGUGCUAAUAAAGAAUUUAGAUUA